GGACAAACUACGAAUGUGGCGUCAUUGGAGGGACAGUGGCUGAUGAUUCCUCCGAAGAAUGGCUUGAUUUAGAUAAGAAUGAAGGUUAACACAUAUCCUACGGUUAGAGGAUUUACUGCCAUUGGAACUGGGGGUGAUGAUUUCGUUCAAGCUAUGGUUGUUGCUGUGGAAUCUGUAAUUCAACAGUCUAUUCCCGAGGCUCUGUGGGUUGUUGUGGUGUGUUACUACCACUUACAUCUGGCAAGAGCGUUGUUGGAAUGGAGGCUGCAUGGUGUUGUCCAAAAAAGUUAUGAGGAUGUAUAUGCAAGUUUUGUAUAGUUAUAGGCUACUUUUGUAAUGUUUGUUUAGUU